GUCGAGGUCGCGCUCCAGGUCGAUUCGAGAACUUUCCUCCGAUCGAAUUACCCCGUCACCUCCAUCACCCGAAAUGACAUUUUUUUUCUUCUCGAGUGGACCGUCGGUAUAAAAUGCUCGCGUCGGUGAUCCUCGUGUUCGUCGUCGGUCUUACCCUCGCCGGUGGUGUCCAGGAGUCGGUCAUCAAGACCAUCAGCAAGUGCUGUGCCAAAGGUGAGAUAAUUUCGGUGCGAAAAAAUUUCACUUGUGUCCCCCACGUCAUCUCGACGGAACUCAUCACCACCGGGACCACCCGGGACAACUGGGUCCGCUUCGACGAGUGUCCGGACGCCGGGGAAGUUUCGAUAAUAAAAUUGAGUGACGUCAUCGGUGAAAAUAUAUCGAGUAUUAGUGCGUCGUCCGGGUGCCUCGACCUCUUCGACGGGGACGAGAGAGUCGGGGUGAUCCCGGUCAUCAUUCGGUGCGAGGAUCGGUCGGGUGUGGGCAGCAUUCAAGUCCCAAAAGUGGCCUCAGUGAGAUUUUGCUGUCCCCGGGAUCGGGUCUACGAUCCGGAUGUCCGGGACUGUCUCCCGAGGGCAUCAUCCGGGUCGUUGGAUAUCGCCGAUUUUAUCUUCGAGUCAGUUCGGGAAAAAUCGGGUGUUGAGUUUUCGAGUUUUGUGCGGGGCCCACCUCAGUGCCAACAUGCGAUAGUGGAUUAUGUCAUCGAUAGCCGGAGGGAUCUUCAGGUUCUGGGAAAUGGGAGUCUGAAGGUUUCAAUUUCGUCUGACGAGGACACGAGUGUACUCUUGACCGAGGAGAAUUCAUGCCUCGAUAGAGGCACUUCAUCUGGGCUUAUCCUGAGAUUAUGCACCGGUGUGGAAUAUUGUCAUAGGAAUGCUUGUGUGAGAAAGUGUUGUCCCGAGGGCCAGGCGAGAAUCGGUGGAGUUUGUCAAAUGAUUCCAGUGGAUACUCUGCCACCGGGUGAAUUUCAUCGAAGACUCGAGGAAUUCUCUCGAGUCAAGUCCAAUCAUUCUGAGUGGAAACCGUUGGAUACGACCAAAUAUGGAUUAUUAACCGGUGAACACUCGUGCGAGCAUGGAAAAUACCCACUGAUGCCCGAUGAACUUCCGGUUAUCGAUUCCCACGGCGCCAUUCACAUUCACCUACCCGAGCAUCGAAAAUUCAAACAUCACGAGUACUGUGUGGAGGUGUUCCGCAAUGUAACGAGCUAUGAUGAUGGCUUCUACCCUGCCGUGUGCUUCGAAAUUCCCGACCCCCCGGGGUCCAACAAAUGGAGAUUUGGUAUCAAUGCAGCUCUGGAAUUAACGAGCUGCAUGUUUCUACUGAUAACUUUUCUCGUUUAUGUUUUUCUACCGCUCCUGCAAAAUCUUCAUGGAAAGACGUUGAUGGGUCACGUUGCGAGUUUAUUCGCAGCCUACGCCUGCCUAGCGGCGAUCGCCCUGACUGAACCACCAAAUGCAGUACCAGAAUCGUCGACGAGGGACGACGAUGAUAACGAGGUGCCGUCUGAUAAGGCCUGUAAAUUCCUCGGAUAUGCGACGCUGUUCAGCUUUCUCGCUGCGUUCUCCUGGUUGAAUGUCAUGUGCUUUGACAUCUGGUGGACUUUUGGGGGUUUGGGCGGCGCGGGGGGCAGGAGGGGAGCACAAAGAAAACGAUAUUUUCUUUAUUCUUUGUACGCCUGGGGUGCUGCAUUGGGUUUAGCCAGCCUCGCUGUUGCCGCUGAUUACACCGACGUCGUGCCGAGGGAUAUGAGACCGAAUGUCGGCGACGACUCGUGCUGGUUUAAUUCGGAAUCCAGUGGCGUUAUAAUUUUUUUCAUAACUCCCAUAUCAAUUCAACUAGUGGUCAACGUGAUAUUCUUCAUCCUGACGUCGCUCCACUGCAAUCGCGUCAGAGCCGAGAUAACGAGGGUCAUGAGCCCAGCGUCAGACCCCAGGAGUCGGCGUUUUCACUCCGACAGGUCCAAAUUAAUCGUCAACAUCAAACUCUUCAUCGUCAUGGGAAUGUCCUGGAUCAUGGAGAUCAUCUCCAGUAUUCUCAAUCGUUACGCAACGAAUUUCAACUGGCGAGCGGAGUUCUUUUACGUAUCCGAUGCGUUCAACUGUCUCCAGGGACUUCUCAUUUUUACUCUGUUCGUCCUGAAGAAGAAAGUUUAUCGCGCACUUAAGCACAGAUUGAACGAGAGGAGGUCCAACACUCAGGGAACGUUGAACAACACUUUGCAUGAUCCAUUCAGGGUACGAAAAAGUGCCAGUUGUAGUACCCUGAUGUCUACGUUUGCUGUCAACACGAACCCCUGAGCACUUGGUUUAGUUUGGUAAUAAAUAAUCGUUUCUACGCAAACUGUUGGAAAGUCUAAAGGUACAAAAGUUUAAUAAAAAAUACCACCAAGUCACUUCACCUUAAAAUAUCAAUAUAUUUUCACUCUUUAUUUACACUCGAUGAGAAUUAUUUAACACUUUUUAAAAUAAAAAUUAUGAAAUGGACUGUGAAAGGAUUUUGAAUUACGGGAGUUGGGUAUAACGACGCGUUGUAACAGUUCGACUAUACGAAAAAUAUACGAAAGAA